AUGGUGCGGAAGAUGCGCGCCUGGGACGCGGCCCCGGCGGAGCGCGACCUCAUGAAGCUCCUCGUGGAGAAGGUCGAGAACCGCGUCGGCGGCCGGAGCGGGUCGAAGAUCCAGCGCGAGAUCAAGCGCGUGCUCAGCACGCACGCCAAGGCCGACGGCUGGCUCGAGGCGCCGACGCUCGCGCGCGCGCUCCAGGCGACGUGGCUCGUGGGCCUCGAGCAGGGCGAGGUCCUCAAUUUCUGCGACGGCCUCGCGGCGCGCAUGCCCGGCGGCAAGCUCUCCUGCGACCGCUUCGCGCGCGAGGUCGCGGCGGCGGCGGCGGGCGACGCGCCGGCGCCGGCGCCGUCGCGGGGCGCGGCGCCCGGCGAGCGCCGGCUCGACGUGGCGACGCCCGACGCCGGCAGCUACCACAACCCCGUCCAGGUGCAGCGCGCGACGGGCGGCAGCGAUGUCGAUGUUGAACGCGCGAAAGCGUUGAAGACGGUGCUCCGCGACGAGCUCGAGCGCACCGCGCGCGCGGAGCUCGGCGCCUGGACCGCCGACGACCGCGAGGUGCGCAAGACGGCGAGCUCGGCGCUCCUCCGGCGCUGCCGGGCGCUCUGCGAGCGCGGCGCGAAGCGGAGCCAGCGGCGGCUGGCUUUGGCCCAGUGGUGCGUCGCGCUCCGGGGGCUGGCCGUGGCCGCGGGCCUGCCGGCGCCCGCCGACGCCGUGCUCGCCGCGCUCUGGGCGGCCUGCGACCGCGGCGACUACGGCAAGUUCGCCCGCGACCUCUUCGAGGCGCCGCGCGCGCCGCCCGAGGUCGUCCGCGGCGGCCGCGGGGCCGCGGCGGCCGUCCCGGGUAUGCGCGUCGCCGUCGACAGCCCGCCGCCGUCGCCGAGCUGGCUCGCGCCGGAGGCGAGCCCGCGCGGGGCCCGGGUCCUCGGCGGCCUCACGCCCGUGCGGGUGCACGGCCUCGGCCGGCCGGGCGCCGAGCCGUCCGCCUCGGCCGUCGCCUAUUUCCCCCCCACGCGGACGGUCCUCUUCGCCUGCGGCUCCUCCGUCGUCGUCGACGACCUCGACGAGGACGACGGCCAGCGCGUCUACUGCGGCCACGCCGAGGCCGUGGGCUGCGUGGCCGCGCACGCGACGCGGCCGGUCGCGUGCUCCGGCGAUGCCGGCGCCGUGCACGUGUGGCGCCUGCGGUCCCUCGAGGUGCUCCAGGUGCUCGGCCGCGGCCUCUUCCGCGGCGUGCGCCACGUCGCGUUCUUGGGCGGCCACGCCCUCGCCGCCGCGGGCGCCGACGGCGGCCGCGACGGCCUGCCGUUUUUAGCGGUCUUCGAUUCCGAGACGGGCGACGUCCUCGGCGAGCAUCUGGUGUCCUGCGGCCGGGGCGGGGAGGUCAGGUGCCUCGCGAGCUGCCCCACGGAUGCCACGACCUUCGGCACCGCGGGCGACGGCCACGUGGCCUUCUGGACCCUCGAGCGGAGCGGCGGGCUGCGGGAAGCGCCCGGCCGCUUCGGCGCGAAAGUCGCGCGCGCGGCGACGACGCACGCGCUCGCCUUCUCGUGCACGGCGCCGGGCGUCGCGUUCAGCGGCGGCUCCAACGGCCGCGUCUACGUCUGGCGCGACGGCGUGUGUUUAGCGUCCUUCGCCGCGCACGGCACGCGGCCCGUGCGGUCGCUGUCGUGCGCGCCGGCCGGCGACGCGGUGCUCUCCGCGGGCGACGACGGCGCCGUGCGGCGCUGGGCGGGGCCCCGGCUCAGUGCCCAGGGCGACUGCGCCAUCGUGGCCUCGAAGCGGCCCGCGUCCGCGGACGCGGCCGCGGCGGCCGGCGCGGCGGUCGCGGGCGUCGUCUACGCGCGCUGCUUGGACGGCGACGGCGCCGCGGCCCUCGCGGCGACGGCGCGGGGCACGCUCAUGACCGUCGACGUGACGACGGAGGCGGGCAAGCGCGGCGCCGUCGACGGCCGCAAGAUCCGGAGUUUAGUGGUGGAAGGCCACGUCGGGCCCGCGAGGGACGUCGCGGCGCACCCGACGGACGGCGCGACCUUCGCGACCUGCGGCGACGACCGGCGCGUCGUCACCUGGACCCUGGAUCGCAAGCUGAAGCACGCGACGCUGCCCCGCGCGGCGACGGCGCUCACCUACAGCGAGCCGUCGGGCGCGUCUCUAGUCGUCGGCCUGGAGGACGGCACGGUCCACUUUCUGGACGCGGAGUCGCUCGACGACGCGCACGGCUUCGAGGCGCUGCGCGAGACGGCCGUGACGGCCUUGGCCUUUUCGCCCGACGGGGACCUGCUGGCCGUCGGCGCGCGGAGCGGGAAGGUGCUGCUCUUCGACCCGCGGAGGACGGCGAAGCCGCUCGCGUCGUUGAGCGGGCACCACGCGGCCGUCGAGGCGCUGGAUUUCGGUGUGGAGGGCUCGGGGCUCGUCGUGCUGCGGAGCCAGGACGGUGCGGGCGAACUCUUCUACUGGGCCGUCGACGGCAAGGCGAGCCGGCGCCUCACGCGGCGCGACGACCUGGACGACCACGCGAGUUGGCGCUGGAAGUCGUGGACGGCGAGGGACGCGACGCGGGGCAUCGACGCCGUGGACCGCGCUCACGGCCGCGACGCCUACGUCGUCGCCGACGCCGACGGCCUCGAGCUCCGGUCCGCGCCCGCGGCGGCGCCCGACGGGCCGCCGGACGAGCUCCGGCGCGGCGUCGUGCACACGACCAAGGUCGCGCGGCUCGCGUUCCUCGCCGACGACGCCCACGUCGUGAGCCUCGCCAAGGGCGACCGCGCCGUCGUCGUCUGGGCCGCCGACGCGGGCGAGAACUACGCGACGGGCGAGCACUACUCGCCGGGGCCGUCGUCCGCGUCGCCGGCCUACCUCGAGGCGCAGGUGUCGCAAGACGACGACGCGGAGAACUUCCCGCCCGACGCGGAAGAGGACGGCGACUGGCCCUUUUAA